UCCCCAAACGUGCAUGACGCCAUUUUUAUUUUAGGCGCCAUUGUGGGUGAGCCUGCCUUGAACUAGAUUUGUGCAGCUGAAUCAGGUUGCAAUAUGACAACAUAGCAACUCUAUAAGAACACCUGGAAUAAACAUUGUGAAACAUACACGAUCAAGGCAUACACAAGAAUAACCCUUACGCUUUGUUGGUAGUACAGUGAUGUUUGGACAAAAGCCAAUGGGUUUUGGAACUGGAUUUGGUGGAGGCACUUCUUCCACAUUUGGAAGUUCGACACCAUUUGGACAAAACAACAACUCAUUCGGGAACAAGCCAGCUGGAGCUGCAGGGUUUGGAACACCAGCCUUUGGAUCAACAACUCCAGCUGCAGGAGGCUUGUUUGGCGCCAACAACAACACAAGUGCUGGAGGCUUGUUUGGUCAGAAUAAUGCUGGCACGUUUGGGAACCAGUCAACUGGAUUCAACUUUGGCAACACUCCCAGUACAUCCAGUGGAGGGGCGGGAGGGUUGUUUGGACAGACACAGACCCAGUCAGCAGGUGGGCUGUUCUCAACACCACAGUCAACCACAUCAGCUUUUGGAGCCAAAACGCCAGGAUUUGGUGGAUUUGGAACUUCCACGGCUCCUUCAGGGGGAUUGUUUGGCCAGCAGAACCAGACAAACUCAGGGGGAAUGUUGUUUGGUCAGGCUGGAGCAGCAGGGUUUGCUAACAAUGCUAAUGGCACUACAGUCAAGUUCAACCCUCCAAGUGGCCAGGAUACUAUGAUGAAGAAUGGAGUGUCAGCCAGCAUCAACACAAGACACCAGUGCAUCACAGCCAUGAAGGAGUACGACAACAAGUGUCUUGAGGAACUGAGACUAGAAGACUAUCAGGCCAAUCGGAAAGGCAAGCAGGCAGGUGCUGCUGUUGCCGGAGGUGGUUUGUUUGGCUCUACUCCAGCGACUUCCAGCACUGGCUUCUCAUUUGGUCAGCAACAACAGCAGCAGCAACAGCAGCAGGCAGCAACUGGCUUUACAGGAUUUGGAGCCAAUACAUCUACAGCAAACUCUGGCUUGUUUGGUCAAACCAACCCUCAGGCUAGCGGUGGAAUGUUUGGACAGAACAAGCCGCUGUUCGGUGGAGCCAGUACCACCACAACCGCCAGUACCUCUGGCUUUGGAUUUGGAAAUACCAGUCAAGCAACAGGAUUGUUUGGACAAAACCAACAGAAUAAGCCUCUGUUUGGUACGGCUACCACUCAGUCCUCUUUGUUCGGUGGCACAAGCACAGCGCCAGCAACAUCAUUCAGCUUUGGUAACACUGGCGGCUUCGGCACACAGGCUGCAUCGACUGGACUGUUUGGUAGUAAGCCAGCAGGAUUUGGAGCAGCAACAACUUCAGCACCUGGAUUUUUUGGUAGUGGUGGUGGUGGCAAUCUCUUUGCCAAACCAACAACAACGUCCUCAUUUGGAUUUGGUGGCACUAACCCAGGAACAGCUGGCUUUGGAGGGUUUGGAGGGUUUGGUUCAACAGCUAACACAGGAGGGGCCGGUCUGUUUGGUAACAAGCCAGGUGGAUUUGGAACAGCAGCAGCUUCCACACUAGGUGGCGCAACUAACUCCUUCAACUUUGGUCAAACUGGACAGACUGGUACAGGACUGUUUGGCGUCAACAACUUGAACAAGCCUUCAACCUUUGGCUUCAACUUCAACAGCGGUCAGACUACUGCAUCCACAGGUUUUGGCGGUGUAGGAGCGGGAUCAGGCUUCUCAUUAGGAGGAAACACCACCACACUUGGAACGACAACCAACCCAUCAGCAAGCAACAACCAGCUGCAGCAGCAGCUCUUGGCUCUCACCAGCUCACCGUUUGGGGACUCCCCUCUCUUCUGGAAUCUCAAACAGAACUCUGAAAAAAGGGAGGAAGUUCUUAAGCCUACCAACCCUGCAGCUCAGAAAGCAGCCCUGAGUUCUUCCAGUCAGUACAAAGUGAGCCCUCGACCUACAGCCAAGAUCAAGCCAAAGUCACUGCACUCACUCAUGAACGGAAGCAAGUCCCAGUUGUUCGAUGGGUUGGAGGAUGAGGAUUUCAGUUUCGGCAAUGACACAUUCAUGCCUCGUCGAAGUGUGAAGAAACUGACACUGAAGAAAGUAAAUGGCGAUUCCUCCUUGAGCAGAACCUCAUCACAGACUGAUGAACACCCCGACCUACAGUCCUUCAGCCAGGACACUCCCAGACCUAAACCCAUCACAAGAACACUACAAGCAGACUUAGAUCGUGCAGCCCAGAGUCCUGACACAGAGCCAAUACUCCGUACCAAGAGCAUCACAGAACCUGCCAGACAAUCUCCUAUCAAAGAUACCACCAAUCUGGAUGACACUAUUGCUGCUCUGAAUUCCAAGAACAAAGCUCUGUCAGGGGACAGCCAUUCUGACAUGAACAAAUCUCACAGUGAACAAGAUGUCUCCAUAGAACCCCAGCCACAGAUGGAGGACUUCGAGCCCCACCCAACAGGGAUCAUCUUGACCCGGCCAGGCUACUACACAAACCCAUCACUGGACAGCCUUGUGGAGUUGAUCGAUGAGAAUGGAGAUUGUUUUGUGGAUGAUUUUACCAUCGGAAGAGAAAACUAUGGCAGUCUGUUCUUUCCCGGUUCAACCAAUGUUGCCAACUUGAACCUGGAUGAAAUCGUGCAUUUCCGGCGUAAGGAGGUGAUAGUGUACCCUGAUGAUGACAAGAAACCCCCUCUCGAUGAAGGUCUUAACAGGAUAGCCGAGGUGACACUGGACUGUGUCUGGCCCAGUGACAAGACCACAAGGUCUCCCAUCAAGGAACCUUCUAGAUUGAGGACAAUGAACUACCAGACAAAAAUAGAAGAGAUCACAGCAAAGAUUGGAGCCAAGUUCAUUGACUACCGACCUGAAACUGGAUCCUGGGUUUUUCAAGUGAAGCAUUUUUCCAAAUAUGGUCUUGUUGAUGACUCUGAUGAAGAGGAAGUGUCUGAAUCAGAAAAGAAAAAAUUGAAGCUUGCUCAAGAACAGCAGUUGCAGAUACAGAAGCUGAAAAUACAAACUGAAGCCCAGAUGAAGGGGAAGGAAGUUAGAGGUCAAGAUGACAUGGCAAUGCAGCUUCAAGGUCUAGCUGGUAAACCUUUGUCACCCCCGAAGGAGGGAUAUGAAGCCCAUUACGCUCAGUCUGAAGGUAUUGAUGACUUAGAUGAGGAUAUGCCAGAUAUCACCAUGGAAAAGUUCCCCCGAGAUAUGGAAGAUUCAGAUGAUGAUAUGAAGGGUGUGACCGACACCCCCUCGUCCCACCGCCUGGCCUCAAGCAUGGGGGUCAGUGCUCACAGCAUGCAGGUCAUGAAGGCCUCCUUCUUUGGCGAUGACGACUACCAGGAUGACUUCAAAGGCAAGCUGAGUGGGUUUACAUCCGGCCAGGGCUUCCUCAAGCAGCAGGACAAGACAAUGCCAAGUCUGUUCAGCCCUGGGCUCAAGUCAAAGUAUGUGAGUCCAUUGAGGGUGACACAGUCUCCAGUACCCCAGGAGAUGCAGAAACAGCCCCCAGGUCUUUUCUCACAAAAGAUUAUUGCCCCAGAAGCCCGCCGGCCCCCACAGAAUUUUGGCCAUCCUCCGCUCGCUGAACACAUGUUGUUGACUAGUGGGAUGAGCCAGAAGGACACGCCCAGGAAGAUUGCGGGGUCGCGAAUAAGGAGGGAAAUACCACCUGUCAGUCACUCACUCAUGUACAAGAAGCAGGCCCUGAUAGUGGACGCAGGCUGCCUGAUGGGAAGGUCGUUCCGUGUGGGCUGGGGGCCAGGCUGGACACUGGUACACAGUGGUCAACCCUCCAACUACAAGGAGAAAGAGGCACCGCGGCAGACACCAUUCUCCUUGUUGCCAGGCAUCCAGGGUGGGAAGCCAGUGAGGGCAGGCAGUAAGGCUUGGACUGUGACGUGUGAGAAGAUGGACGUAGCAGAUUAUCUCACUGGCAAUGACAAGACAGUCAUUUCCACCCAUGAGGAGAUGCUGGACGUGCAGCUGGAGCACUCCCGGAGAGACACUGAUGGUGGCUGCCCACUCUUUGUGCCAUCUCCAGGCGUAGACUCUCUUCAUCAGUAUGCACAGCUGGGAGAGAAACUCUUAGAGGAGAACCGAGGACAUCCAGAUGAGAGCAGUGUGGAUCAUAUACGGAUGGUGUGGAACCUCUGUGUAGCUCUGUGGGGGAAUCUCCCGGAGUUCAGGUACUCAGACACUGAUGAGUACGCUGUAAGCCAGGCGCGGAGGGAAGCUUUCUCCAAGUGGUUGUCUGAAACCGCCCAGCCAAAGAUCAAGGAAGAAGUGCAAGAGUCCAAGUUCAAGAAUCAAGGUCACUUGAUUGCCAUCUUGAGCUAUUUAAGCGGGAGGCAGAUUACAGAUGCAUGUACAUUGGCACAAAAGUCAGGUGAUCACAGAUUGGCACUCUCAUUGGCUCAAGCAGUCGGCAGCCAUGUUGCUCGGCAGAUGUUGGCCCGGCAGUUGGAGGAAUGGGCAGAGCUUGGGGCAAAUCACUUUAUAGAUCAAGUACGACUGAAGAUCUACUCCCUACUGUCAGGUCAACUCGUGUGGUCAUCCAGCACAGCGGUCAACACAUGUGACAACAUGGACUGGAAGCGAGCCCUUGCUUUGCACCUCUGGUAUCACUGUAAGCCCAAUGCAACUAUACCUGAAGCAUUGGCCCAGUAUGAAGAUGCCUUCAAAAGCCGCACAUCAUACGGCAAAUACUCCAAUGCCCCACUGCCUCCUUAUCUGGAAGAAAAUGACAGUUACGAAGAAGAGGAGGAGGUGAUUGACGAACAAGAUGAACAUGUGGUGCGAGACACCUGUUACCACUUGCUCAAGUUGUACUGUCAGAGGGGCCAUAGACUGGAGAGGAUCCUCAACCCCACCACGUCAACUGCCAACCAGUUGGAUUACCGUCUCAGCUGGCAUCUGUACCAGGUGUUACAGUCGAUGUCCUACCACCAUGUCUCCCCCUACCAUGCUGCCUGUCUUCACACCAGCUUUGCAGCACAGCUGGAAGCUCUAGAUCUCUGGCACUGGGCUGUAUUUUCCCUGCUACAUAUUGAAGAUCCACUCAGACGAGAGACAGCUGUAAGAUCAGUAUUAGAGCGACAUGUGUCUCUGUCGAAGAACCCUAAGUACUUACACAAGGAGGAGUUUGUGAGAGAGAGGCUUCUGGUUCCUCCUGCAUGGAUACACCAUGCUAAGGCUAUAAAAGCACAGUCAGAAAACAAAUACCAUGACGAGGCAUGGCACUUACUGAAGGCUGCGCAGUGGAAUGAGGGACACAAGGUCAUCUUGGCACACAUAGCUGCUGAUGCUAUCAUAAACGAAAACUUUGACUAUUUGCGUCGUUACUUAGAAGAGUUGUCUCCCCCUGAGAUUAGCUCUUCUGUGUUAGACUGGUCGACAGGGGGAAAGGUGUUUCUGGACUACAUCAACUUGUGUCAACAUUUGGAGGAUCUCAAGCAGGGAACCCCCAGUGCUUAUGAUCUGGAGAGACUCCAACCAGCCGUCACAUCCCUCUGCAACAGGGUAGGCAGUCUGGAGUGCAGGAAUUCCAAGGAGAGGCUUUGCCAAUCCGAGAUGGCUAAAAAGUCAGCCAACCUUCUUGGAACUCUCCUGACAUUCCAGUGUGCAGGGUCAGCAACAGGACGACCACCAACAAGGCUUGUUGCUUCUCAUAUCAGUGGUUUGCCCAUGCCAGAGGACUACGCCCUUCAGGAGCUCCGAGAGCUGACACGCAGCCACCUGCUGGAGAUGACUAUGGGAACAUAGGAACAACCCUUGUGUACAAACAUACAAAAAUAUACAUAUAUCAAAAGGUCCUGAAAUACAGUGAUUCCUGUUUGGAUUUGUCGCAGGAUCCAACACAAUUGACCAGUGCGGAUUUGACUUUCAAAAACAACUGCCUGACUACAAUACAGGGUCAGAAAUGGAUUUCUCUUCUAUUCCCUGUGUUUCAUGAAGGGACAAAUCUCAUGUUUACCAUCUUCAUUUAAACAUAAUGAAAAUCUUGAGAAAAAACUAUUUUAAAAAUAGCUCAUAAGCUUUCAACUUAUGAUGAUGUUACAUGGUUAAAAUCCAUGGAACAUUUGUCUUUAAGGUAGAAAGAAGAUGCCAAGUAUUUGUUGAUCGUUAUGAUCAUGUGCUAAAUAAUUUCAUGUUCAUUCUUGUCAUGAAAUGAGAGAAGACUUGUUGAUCAGGUGGAUAUGAAUGUUGCUAUGUAUAUAUCUUGUAAACUCUUGUGUGUGUGUGUGAAGAACGAAAAAGCCAUGACAAGCAAUCAUUGAUGUAUGUUCAUACCAUUGACCUCAUGUUGAUUCAGGUCAUUGCUCAUUCUGUAAUAAGUUCUGAGACAUUGGUUGUGUUGAUGCUGAAUCACAUAUUCUCCUUGGGGCGUUGGGGUAUCCUGGUGGUUAAAGCAUUCGCCCAUCAUGCUGAAGACCCAGGUUCAAUUCCCCACAUGGGUGCAAUGUGAAGCCCAUUUCUGGUGUCCCCCACCGAGAUAUUGCUGGAAUAUUGCUGAAAGCGGCUUCAAACUAAAACUCACUCACUCACUCCUCAUAGUUUCAUGAAGGUGUUCAAUGAAUUAUGACGUUUAACAGACCAAAGUGUAAUGGUCUACAACAAAGUAAUGAUAUCUGGCAAAAUUCUGUUCAUAGAUGCCAUUCCUCAUGUACCAAUAUUAUGUUUAAAAAAAUGUUGAUUUUGUGCCAUGUAUAUAUAUAUGAACAUCAAGACUACAGAGACAUGUUAUUAAUAAAAGGAAAAGUAAUUCUUUUCUUGA